GCGCUGAGUUUUCGUCGCCGUGCGCGGCCAUACGGGCAUCAUUUAUCAUCGCAGUGAAGACGCAGCGAGCGGACAGAGUGCUGAUUAGUUUUGCCGAGCGAAAAUGCUGGAGGUGCCGCGCAUUCGGCGCUACAGCCUCGUGCUGCUGCUGGUGUCCCGAAUAGCAGCGUUUGUCGCGCCGGCACCGCGUCGUCGUGCGGCACCACUGCACUCAGAAGACGGCGGCUUCCUCGAAGCCGCGAGCGCCGACAUCCGCCGGCCGAAGCCGAGCGCGUCGGCCGAAGACGUCGUCACCGCCCAAAUGAAUGCCCUGCAGGCCGGCGACGCGAUGCGGGCCUUCAAGUUCGCGAGUCCCGCGAAUAAACAAGUUACGGGCCCCUGGCGUCGGUUCAAAGCUAUGAUAGAACAAAACCCGGAGUAUAGGUAGCAAGGCGGCGUCCGUCCAGUAGACGCCGUCGCGGCGAUGGCGUCGCGGCGGAAGUAGUUCUCAGCACGCCGUCACGGCGCCGCGCGCAGGCCGAUGCUCGCGUGCUCUCGCUGGGAGUUCGUGGGCAUGCUCGGCGACGACGAGCGCAAGGCGGCGCGCGUGCGCGUCUUCCCGGCGGGCGGGUCGUCGGCGCCGUUCGCUGUGCAGACGCCCGUGAUCGAGUACACGUUCUCUCUGUCCAAACAGCCGGUGGUCACCGACGCGGGCGACGAGGGCUACGCCGUCUCUGGGUGCUGGUGCACGGACAGCGUCGUCGCCGGCUAGUAGUUAUUGUAAAUAUGGUGUGUAGUAAAACGGUGCGAUGCGUUAAAAAGAGC